AUGCGAGGAGAUUUUGAAGCCUAUCUUAAUGAUUCAUUUCGUGAUGAAAAUGGAAACCUUGAUUUAGCAGCGUUGUUGGCGUUAGAGGAUGAAGCCGACAUGGACGUUGCGGUUAUUAUGCCGAAUACCCAGCCUCUCCCCGAAAAUAAUGAGCUUGCCGACGCGAUUCGCGGUAAUUCGCGCGCACUUGGCUGUGCCCUCGUGCAUCCAACGGAACCAGAACCCGUUGAGCAGGUUAGGUUAGCAGCCGAGGAAUGGGGAAUGCGCGGGAUCAAACUGAUGCCUGCGGUUCACAAAUACGAUGUGGAUGAUGAAAUGGUGCGUCCCGUUGUUGAAGCUGCCCGUGAUUACGGGCUUAUUGUCUCAAUUCAUUCCGGACCUGACAAUUGCCAUCCAAACCGGAUUGGCACUGUGGCAAGCUGGGUGCCAGAAACCCCGGUUAUCAUGGAUCACAUGGGAUUUCCAGACGAUUUAGAUUCGGCUAUCUCUAUCGCAAAAGCCAACGAAAAUAUCUCGUUGGGAACUACUAUUUUACGCUUUCAUCGGCGUUGGGGGACGGAUCCAGAUGCCGUUGUUCCAACGGAAGUAAAAGCCGCUGUUGACGCGCUUGGACCUGAGCAGAUAGUCUUCGGUUCUAAUUUGCCUGAGUACCGUCCUAUUCAGGUUAUCAACGCCCUCAAACGGUUGGAACUCGGCGAUGAUGCCGAAGCACAGAUUUUCGGUGGAAAUCUCGCUCGUAUCUAUGGAUUUUAA